GGCCGUGUGGAGCGGGAUACAUGGGAGCAACGAGAUUAGGCUCGGGCUUUGUAUGGCGGGCGUCUCCGCUUAACACAAGGCCAGUGUUUGGAGGUGUAAGAUCUCGCAUUGGGAUCCAGCAAAAUCUUCUCAGUAGAUCCUCACCAGCUGUCAGCUUCCAGCGGACAUUUGAUGCCCGGCAGAAGAUUGGCCUCACUGAUGCCCGACACAAACUGGGAGUUAAGGAUGCCCGUGAAAAACUGGUUCAGAAGGACGCUCGUUUCAAAAUCAAAGGGAAAGUGCAGGAUGCUCGAGAGAUGCUGAAUUCCCGUAAGCAGCAAAGUAUUGCUGCUGAAAAGGUGACCAAAGUGGUGGAUGCCAGAGAGAAGAUAAGCUUAAAAAGGAGCACUCCUGCUGCUGCUGCUGCUGCUAUCAGCCCAGCUAUGGGGACAGUAAAUCCAGCCAUGAAAAUCACCAAAACUAUCCAAGGGCUAUAUGAUGUGGAAGAUGAUGAUGAAAGUGUCUCUCCCCUUCCUAGCAAACAGAUGAAAAUCACCACCGCAAACAGUUUCCUGCACAACGCGACUGGGCUGAGUGGCAAUAAAUUCUCUCUGUCUAAGACUGUUCCCCUGACUAAGGUGGUCCAGAAUGAUGCUUACACAGCUCCUCCUGCACCUCCCUCCCCAAUGCGGACAAAGGCCCUGACAAACAUGUCCCGGACCUUGGUGACAAAGGAGGAGCCUCCAAAAGAGCCAGCACCUGUCGAGCUGGUGUUCAGUCCUUUGGAAGGCACAAAGAUGACCGUAAACAAUCUGCAUCCUCGAGUCACAGAGGAAGACAUUGUUGAAUUAUUCUGUGUGUGUGGCGCUCUGAAGCGAGCCCGGCUGGUGCACCCAGGAGUGGCUGAGGUAGUCUUUGUGAAGAAAGAAGAUGCUAUCACAGCGUAUAAGAAAUACAACAACAGAUGCUUAGAUGGUCAACCGAUGAAAUGCAAUCUUCAUAUGAAUGGGAAUGUCAUCACCUCAGACCAGCCUAUAUUGCUCCGACUGAGUGAUACCCCUUCAGUGAAGAAGGAAGGAGAACCACGCCGGUCAAGUGCAAGCGCCUCCUCAAAUCCCCCUGCUGAGGUGGACCCUGACACCAUCUUGAAGGCACUCUUCAAAUCCUCAGGGGUCUCUGCCUCUGUGCAGCCCACAGAAUUUAAAAUCAAACUCUGAGAAGGGGGAGCAAGUGGUGGACUGGAAAACUCACUCAAGUCAGAGAAUGAGAAAAGUGCAGGAGUGCAGAUGUUAUUUGCAUUUGCCUGCCUGGAAGUUUUUUUGUUUUCUAUGAUCGCUACCUUACUGUACAAUAGUGUUUCCUCUUGUGUGUGUAUUUUCUGUUUUCAUAGUUGGAGUUUUCUUCCAUGAUUUUUUUUCCCCAAGAGAAUAACCUCCCCCUUCUGCCAGUAAUAUAUUACCACACAUAUACGAUGUAACUCUCCUUUACUCGAAAGCCCCUAGUGGCCAUUAAAAGUGCACAUAGACUCUGAGGGAAGGAGUGGCAAUCUCCUUUUCUCUCCUGACCUACCUUUAAACUAAAAGGUGUAUCCCUUUGAUUAUCAGCAGGCAAGACAACACACGGUUUCUAAAAUUGCUACCUUGAGUAUAAAGGUGCGGCUCCAUACAGAAAGCACCGUCUCGCAUCUCUGACUCAUGCAUUCAGUAGCAUACCACUUGGGCCUGGCUGUUGGAUAACUUUCUGCUCAGCAGCUGUGACACUGAGAAGAUGCAAGAAAAACAGAGCUCCCCUGUGGGUAUGCCAGCCAAGGGAGGCAUCGGGGAGAAAGGACGUGUGUAAAGAGCAGCACCCAUCGUGCAAUGGGAGGGAUGUUUCUAACUCUGGUAAGGGACAGAGGUGGAGAAAGACUCUGGUGCUUCUGCAGUGAAUACACUUGCCCUGUAUAGUCAGGCUGAGUUGCUCUCUCCCUACUUCUGAACUUAAAAAACAAGAACCAGGAUUGUGUUCAGAACUAGAUAAAAUCCAAGUGCUUCACUCCUAUUAGACAGUAUUGCAUCCUCCUGGUUUCUGGAUAGGGACAUGAAGUGCUUUCUUAGCUUCUAACUUACCCAGUCUCCCUUUAUGAAAAGGAAGGAGCUGGGGCCUCUUUCAGACAUGUAGGAAGCAGUCUUCUGCCCCUGAAAAAUCACUUGAGGUUUAAUUUAGGCAAUGUUUGGCUGCUGUGCAGGCCUGCUCCCAUAUAUGGGUGUGGAGAGUGAUCACUGCACUCCGUGGCUGCAAGGAGAGGUUUGGGGGAGGUGUGUGUGGAGGGAGCAGUUAACGCUCUAGGGAAUGCAUCGAAGAGUUUAGAUACCGGCAAGUUCCAUGCAGAGCAGCAAGAACGAGUCACCUUCAGAGCGAGCAUCUGCGACCGGCCACUAGGUGGCACUUCGACUACUUCCUUUGUUAGUGCACCAUUAUUGCCAUGGAUAUUUGAAGUCCCAGUAGCUGCCUUUGUUUGUAUUAGUUGAAAUUGUAUUAUAAGAGGAAAGGUAAGAGCCACUUCCAGAAUCUGGUUGGGGUUUGAACUUAAUCCUUCUAGCUAGGAGAGUAACCCGAUCCGUUCUGUUCGGCACUGCUGAACUUUAGUGAAGUAAACCAUUGUAGGCCUGGACUCCCAUUUCUUGGUCAACCUUACGUUUCUUUUGCUUUCUUGUUCUGUACAAACUCUUUGCUCUAUCUAGCAGGUGCAAAGCAUUCCUCUAUUUCGCUAUAUCCCUUUUAGCCAUGGAAAUAACUGAGGACUUGGCAGGACUUGUUUUUUCACAGAGUACUCUCUGGUUUGGAAACUAACCAUGCUGUUAUUGGUAGAGUGCUUCUUGUGAACUGCAGAUGUUUGUAGGGGAGGGGACUUAAGACAGCUAUUGUUCCCCUUUUUUAGACUGCCCAUCAAACACCUGUGUUUUAAUAAGAGUCGGGGGGAGGGGGAGGAAAUGUUAGGGGCUGGAGAAAAUAAUGUAUUACCUGUUUCUGAAUAAACGUUUGUUAUACAGAGA